AUGGGAUGCACGGGCAGCUCAAACUGCUUCGCAGGGCUUGCCUCUGGGCGACCUCCCGCCGAAGCAGAUGUGCUUGUCGUGGGUGCGGGACCGGCUGGCAUUGCUGCAGUGGUGGCGUUGCAGCAGAGGAGGCGUGUUGUGUGGGUGGAUCCAGAGUUUCAAUCGGGCCGAUUGAAGCGCUUCCUCACGGUGCCUUGCAACACCAAAGUUGACAUACUUGCGAGCGAAAGCAACUUUCGACAUCCACUUUUGCAACAUGUGGGAGGAAGUGCGGCUCCCGCUUUGCAGAAAUUGAUCGCAGACGCGGAGUCUCUGCCAGGGAGCACUGACCCCUCGCAACUCGGAUGGACGACGCUCGGAGCAUGCAAGCAAAUGUUUGAUGCUAUUACCUCGGGCGCGCUCCAAGCAGGAGGCCUCUCGCGCUGCUUUGGGAAGGUGGUCCGCCUGACGCCUGAUGGUGGGCAUUGGGUGGCGACUGUGGACAGUCAACAGGGACAGAAAUGCGUGAAGGUAAGGUGCGUUGUCCUCGCCACCGGAGCAGAACCCAAAGCUGCGCCAGUACCCAACGCUCUCUCGGCCGAGAAGACCUUCGACGAGGACUCACUGCGCCAACAUCUACGGCCAAAUCAGCGCCUGGCUGUGCUCGGGAACUCUCACACGGCAGCGGUAGCCUUGGCAAAGCUCGGAGAACUGGCGGUGCCAAUGUCACUUUCCAUCACCUGCUUCGCAAGACGGCCAUUGCGCUGCGCCGAAUGGCUGGAGCAUUCAAAAGUCUAUCGCUACAACUCGACAGGACUGAAGGGCUUCGGCGCGGUGUUUGGUCGGGAGUGCAUGAUCCACGGCACGAGCUGGCUGCAAGUCAAAGAUGUCAAGGAUUUUUCUCCCGAGCAUUGGGACUGGAUCAUUGACUGUACAGGGUACGUCAAAAGCCAGCUGCCAGCCAUCGAUGGUGUGACGAAGGCGCAAGAUCUGCCACGAGAUGAGGCUUCCGGUGCAUUGCUCGGUGCUCCUCCAGGGCUCUUUGCUUUGGGCGUACCAUGGGGAGAGGCACCUGGGCGGCUAUGGGGGCGGGGUCUUGAAGCAGAAGAUGGCUUUAGAGGCGAAGACACGUUUGUCGGAUUUUCCAUGUUCUUUGCUCGAGCGAGCCUUAUUGCCGAUGAGAUCGACAAAGUGCUAGACCGCAGCUGCAAGGGCGGCUGCAAGGAUGCAUGA